AUGUCACAAAGUCAAUUUUAUGAACUUUUAACUAAAAUUCAAACUAAAAUUCAAAAACAAAACACUACAUUCCGAGAAGCUAUUAGUCCCAAGGAAAAACUAAUGGUCUGCUUAAGGUUUUUAGCGACUGGUGAUUCGUUUCAAACUAUAUCAUUCAGUUAUCGGCUGGGGCAUUCGACUGUUCAUUACAUUGUUAAAGAAGUAUGCAAAGCUAUAGUAGACGAAUUGUUAGCUGAAGUGAUGCCGCAACCAAAGGAAAAAGAUUGGGAAAAAAUUGCUGAUGACUUCUGGAAAAUGUGGAACUUUCCUAAUUGCUUAGGAGCAUUAGAUGGGAAACACGUGGAAAUUUUUGCUCCUCCGAACAGUGGUUCCCAAUAUUUCAAUUGUAAGAAAACUUUUUCUAUUAAUUUGUUAGCUUUGGUUGACGCAAAUUAUAAAUUCAUUGCUGUAGAUGUAGGAUCCUACGGUAAGAAUAGUGAUGGUGGAAUAUUUGCCAAUUCAAAUUUAGGAAAAGCGUUGGAACAAAAUAAACUACAUGUUCCAAAAGAUAAAAAUCUUCCCGGAACUCAAUGUCCAGUGCCAUAUGUCAUUGUGGCGGAUGAGGCAUUUCCCCUAAAAACCUAUCUAUUAAGACCUUAUCCUGGUUCUGUAAUUAAUGGUGAUAUACAGAAACAAGUAUUCAAUUAUAGAUUGUCAAGAGCUAGGCGCGUAUCCGAAAACGCAUUCGGAAACUUGGUGCAAAAAUUUCGAAUCUUUUUUAGAAGUAUAAAAUCUUUACCCGAAAAUAUUGACAAUAUUAUAUUAACUACUUGUAUUUUGCAUAAUUAUAUCAAAGAUAAUAUUUUAAUUACCCAACAUUUAGACCCACCAGAAUGUGAACCUAAUUGGGGACGUAUACAUAGACAAGGUGGAAAUGCCCUCACUACUGCUUUUAAUGUGCGUGAAACCUAUAAAACUUUUUUUAACUCUGAAAAUGGAUCAUUACCAUGGCAGAGAGAUAAGUUUAUGUAA